GCGAACUCCAUCAUAGUAGCAGGGAGAUGGGGGACUCGAAUGGAAGAGUCUCAAAGUGAGUCGGUUUUAGACGACAAUAGUGCGAAGGGGAUAUAAAUAUGUGGAUCAUGGCCCCCCAUUCUUUGUCCCAUUGGAAUUGCAGAAAUUGACCCAAGAUUUCAAAAUACCAAGUAACCUGUAUUCGCCUCGAGCUCCCUUAGAAUAAACCAUGUCUCGGCCCAAAGUGUUCUCAGCGUCCGCGCGGGUUCUCUCAUGGGACGAGGAUAGAUCACCCGCCACCCAAUCUACCUUCCCUCGCUUGACCCCGGCCACCGUGAAAAUGAGCCUCGACGAGCUGAACUCCCGGGUCACAAGCAGCUAUCAGAUGCUAUAUCUCCCUGCAGGGCCAGAUUGUGCGAAGGACGGUUCCGCUGUUUUCGUCUUCACCGAUCUCAUAGAAUCGGAUGGGUUUGAGGGCAAAACGGGUAGCUUCAUGACUCAAGGUACGGGAAAGUUUGAUGCAACAACGUACCGGGUAGAAGGCACGUUUGAAAUUGUGCCUCGCAGUGGGAAGGGAGAUCUUGGGGAAAUGUUUAAGAAAGGUGGUAAUGGGAGCUUUCAGUCCGAUGAAAAGAACCCAAGUCAAGUAAAUUACAACUUUGUUCUUCCCUAGGUCGGAGCUUUCCUGCUUCUGACUACCUAGCUCAGAAAUCAACAUCUGGUCAGCAAAAGGAUUAUGGGGUGAUGCUUUAAAAGACUAGCGAGAAAUGGACAUCUUUCAAUGUAUCCUUUUUCUGAAAGUGGUAGAUAAAUAAGAACUUAUAUAAACACGAUAUCUAUAUAAUGAAGCAGGAAUAGAACGUUAGUAUGGCCCAAUUGUCAGGAUGUCAUUAGAGAGGCAACAUUGCAUCGCAAGUAUACGUUGUAUAGUGUGCGAAAUUCCAGAAAUUGCAAUGAGUCCUUACAGCCGGGAUAAGUGAAUAGUACACGGGCUUGGCAC